UUGAACUAGCUAACGAUUCAAAAUAGAGACCGUUUCAUAGGACUCGAAUUAUUAUCAGUACGCUUGAAAAUAGUUUCAUAAAUUAGUUGUGGCGUUGAUUUUAAAAGCACAUAUUGGUUGGUUCUAAAUUCUAAUUGCUGCAAAUGAACCGAGAAAGAUGAAUUCCACUUGCAAUCUUGUUGCAGAAACGAUAUGGGCAGAUAUUGCUUCUUCUCUCUCAGUAAACGACGACCAGCUAUCCAUGUUGCAUUUCUUGUUUGGGAAAAACCUGGAGAGAGCUACUAGGAUAGUGGAUCUAGGAGGAGUUAAGAAGAUAUGUGGCGAACCCAGUGGGCGAUCAAUUUUCCAGGUGAUGGGAGAGUCUAGGAGGAAGGAGGAAUACUUUUGUUUCCCAGAACAUUUUUGUGCUUGCUAUUCCUACUUUUAUGAUGUGGUUAACAGAGGAGAACAGCUAUGUUGUAAGCAUCAACUGGCUGCAAGACUUGCGGAGGCUCUUGGGACUUGCGUUGAAGUUAAGGUUCCUGAUAAGGAGCUUGCUCUAAUGUUUUCUUCACUUUAAUUAUAAGGUAUGUAUCAUUCAUAGUUCCUUUAAAAAUAGAUUCAUUGUCUCUUGUUUGUUUGUGCUGAAACUUGUCUUUGUGUCUUUUCAUACUUAAUUGCAGACAUUAGUCAAAUAUAGAUAACUUGUAUUUUACUGUGCCUUAAAACUGGAAUUUAUUAUCCAUUA